AUGGCAAAAACGCUUUACCGACUAACGGUAAAAUGUUUGUUUUGCACUUUUUUACCUCGACCUAUUUCACGCUUCGAAUUCGUUUUUUGUGUGCUUUGCACUUUUUCUGCUUCGUGCUAUUUAUUUCAUGCUUCCAAUUUGUUAAUUGUGCGCGUCAAGAGUGGAAUACACACCAGUCUGACUAUGUCCGAGUCCGAUCUGGAGGGCAAAAGUGUGUCCAUCGACCUGACCGCCAAGAAGAAGAGAAAGCUGGGCUCCGCCUCCUGCGAGGGUUUCAUCACCACGUACCACGAGUACUGCGAGAAUACCUCCAUCCACGGGGUGCAAUAUCUGGGUGAGCGGGAGCGGCCCAUGCGCGAGCGGAUCUUCUGGCUGUUCGCGUUUCUGAUCUCGAUUUAUGGCUGCUCCACGCUGAUUGUCAGUGCCUACACAAAGUGGACCGAAACGCCCGUCAUCGUCAGUUUCGCAGAGAAAUCGACCCCCGUGUGGAGCAUCCCUUUCCCGGCGGUCACUGUUUGCUCGGAAACCAAGCGUGUCUUAAAGCAGAAAGGUAAGGAAACCACGUAUGCGGACCUCUACAGCCAGUUCAGCGAGGAAAAGCGAGCUUCGCGAGUGUUUAAGCCCCAAAAUGUUACCGCCUUGGAGAUGGAGGAGUUCCGUACACUCCUGCACGUGUGCAACACCCAAAUCAUCGACGAGGACAUGCCCUUGAUUGCCGGCGCCGACUUGGACUACUUCGAAGUUUUGGAAAGGAUGCUGCCCCAGUUUGAUCGGUAUUUCUUCUACUGCCGCUGGCUGAGUCGCUUCGGUGAGUGCGAGAAGUUUUUCCGAAAGACUCUUACGGAGGAGGGCAUCUGCUUUACCUUCAAUGGGCUGCGUGCCUCCGAAAUAUAUCGAGAGGGCACCUAUCAGCACCGGCAUAGCGGGGAGCCCUUGGAGAUGGAAAACAUAAGCUUGCGUCACCCGCCCUGGACUCUAGAAACGGGCUAUGCACCCAGUACUGAUGUGGAAACCUUUCCGGCAAGGGUUCUGAGUGCCGGAGCUCGAUCUGGCAUUUUUCUGGCUCUUCAAAGCUUUAGGCAGGAAGUUGACUAUGCCUGCCGAGGACCUGUGCAAGGAUUUAAGGUGCUGCUCCAUGCUCCCGAUGAUGUGCCGCAGGUGUCCAAGCAGUUCGUGCGCAUUCCUAUGGGCAAGGAGGUGUUGAUCGCAGUAAAGCCGAGCAUGAUCACCAUGUCUACGGGCAUCGCCGAGUACCAUCCGAUUCGAAGGCAGUGCUUCCUUAGCCACGAGCGAUCGCUGCGCUUCUUCAAGGUUUACACCGAAUCCAAUUGCCAGCUGGAGUGCCUGGCCAAUUUCACUUUGACCAAGUGCGGUUGCGUGAAGUUCUCGAUGCCAAGGAACAUGGAUAUGCCCGUGUGCAGUGAGGAUAAGAUCCAUUGCUACGAUCGGGCGGAAAGGCAGCUGUUGGUCAGGGAAUUCAAAAGGGUAAGAUCUCUCAAUGCCGGUCGAGAGGAUUCUCGGGGCACUGAAUCUGCCUGUAAUUGCAUGCCCGCCUGCACAUCGCUUGUGUACAACACGGAGAUCUCACAGGCCAACUUCGAUCUGGAGGAAAUGCUGUUGGCUGAGGGCGACACCGACUUCCUUCAGGAGUAUCCCGGCUCGCAGAUGUCCCGCCUGUCAAUAUAUUUUAAAGAAAGCCAGUUCAUCACUUCCAAGCGAUCGGAACUGUACGGUAUGACCGAGUUCUUGGCAAAUUGUGGUGGUAUAUUCGGUUUGUUUAUGGGGUUCUCCAUCUUAAGCAUGGUGGAGAUGAUUUACCAUUUCACUUUGCGGCUCUUCACCAAUCUGAAGCGCCUUGUCAAGGUGUCGGAUAAAUAAGAGAGCCCCAUUUGUUGUUUUUGGAUGUUCGUGCUUUUGUAAAUUAAUACUUGUUUUUUGAGCGGCAAAUAAGUUUUUAUUUUAUUAAAAAUUAUAUUACAA